AUGGUAGACCUUAACUCGACAUCUGCUGGGCGUGCGGAGGGGUUAAGAGGCUUCGAAGAUUUGACGCUGAGAUUUUGCUCUUUGCGAUAUCUGCAACCACACCUAGACGUGGCGUAUCGUGACUCUCCUCUUUCCCACGAGUGGUCGCUUCCCCGCGGUCCCCUGCGACCCUCCGGGGGCUUAAUCUUGCCGAUUACGGCCUUCCCCGGUGAGAAGAGCUUCACAGCGUGGCUGCCCUGGCAUUCAGCGACGACCGUAAGCGCAGGGCCAGUGGCAGUGGGAGUGUCGCUGGCGUUGGCGUUGGGAAUAGUAACACAGUCGGAAGCGGUGCUAGUGCUCCAGGGAGGAUUACAACUCCCACCGGAGCAGCAGCAGGAGUUGGGCCAGCAGAGCAGCACGGCCGCAGCCGGCGUCCCAGCCCCGCAAGGAGGAAUACGGUUGAGACGCAAUGGGCCUACUGGAGGUCUGGGUAGUUCGCCAGGAAGCAUUGAGGAUACUGAAGAGACGGAGAAUAAUACCAACAAUGCCCAGGAUGAUCGGAAGAAGCAGCCAGUGAAACGCGCUUGUAAUGAGUGUCGCCAACAGAAGCUCCGAUGCGACGUUAUACAAGAACCUUUUACAGCUUGCUCACGUUGCGGUCGUCUUAAGUUGGAAUGCAAGAUUGAGUCGAAUUUCAAACGGAUCGGCAAGCGUAGUCGGAAUGCUGAGAUGGAACGUGAGAUAAUUGAGCUGAGGCGACAGAUUGCGAAUGCCAAUGCCGCCGCCAAUGCGCAACAAAAGCAUCAGCAACACCAGCACUCAUCCUCCAUCAACCAAGGCCCUUCAUCAAUUUCUACGCCGUUUAAUUCAUCUCAGCACAACAUAUAUCAGACGUCGACGGGCCUUUCAGGGAGUCAAUAUAUGGGAUCGCACGAAGCUGUUGCGUCACUGCUUGAUCUUCGAUCAGGACUGGAUUCUUCUAGUUUUCUUAGAAGCUCCAGUAGCCAGGUUGCAAUGGCCAAACGGCUUGAAGGGGUGUCACUCGCGCCAGAACGGGUGACGGAUUUAUUUAGCCAGUUUUUCACAUUCUAUCACCCUUUCCUCCCAUUUUUGGAUCGAGAUAGGUCACCUGAAGAGUAUUACUCCGCGUCGCCGCUCUUGUUCUGGUCUAUAAUUAGUGUGGGUUCGCGUCGAUACCAGGCAGACCCUACUCUUCUAAAUGCUUUGUCGGGGCCGGUGUCAAGAUUGGUAUGGAGUGUAUUGGCAGAUGUUCCUCAAAGCUAUCACGUCGUUAAAGCAUUGGCGCUGUUAUGCACUUGGCCCUUUCCCACCAGCAGCACGUCGACAGACCCAACAUUUAUGCUUUGUGGUAUGAUGAUGCAUAUAGCGAUGCAAAUAGGCCUCCAUCGCCCGUCUCAUGCCCAAGACUUUUCUAAAUUCAGGAUCGAGUUCAGAGAAGGGGAGUUAAAAGAUAGGGUUAAAACUUGGGGUAUUUGCAAUAUCGUUGCUCAAAGGGUUGCAACUGGUUAUGGACAACCGUCGCAAACUUUGUUUGACUGGACGUUGUCAUCACCGGAAUCUGCUGACCAGAAUUUCAAGCUUCCAGCGGAAAUAAAAUGUCGACUAGAUAUCGAAAAGUUUUGCGAUAAAGUAACCAGAGGCCUCUACAGCAAUGCCCGAGAUCCUGUCGGGCUAUCGUGUGAUGAUGAAAGAUUCGUUGUAACAUCUAUUCUAACAAAGGACUUCGAGGAACUCGAAGGCCAGCUGAGACAAGAGCAUAAUUGUGUGACUAUUUGGGCUAUACGAAGCAUGUCUGUUUCAAGCAAUGAUCUUCCAGAGCGGUUGGCAGAGGUAUUGGCGCAGAUGUGGAGGACGGGCGGAAACGCCUGUCUCUCCACAUGUUUCGAGAUCGUCGGUCAGUCCGGAAAUGGACGAUACCCUCCAGUUGAAGCCUUCCUCAAAAACCCAACCAACCCGGACUCCAAUGCAGACUCCUCAGCGUCCUCUGUUACCCCGUUACGCGGUACAAGCUCAACGCCUGGUGUUCCCGGCGCAGACUCCAACCUUUCAUCCGCACCAUCAUCUCACACAAUUAACAUCGGCGGAGAAGGGAAUCUCAAUACAUCUAGUUCCGGAAACGGGAUGGGAUUCCUGGGUGGUUUCAUGGAACCGAAUUACGAAGUAUUUGAUCCUCUAAAUUGGAUGCUGGAUGGGCUGGUGGACUUCCCAUACUCGCUAAAUCCGGUUCAGGGACUGGAGUCUUAG